AUGAAGCAUAAAAACAACACGGUUUCCUUAUGGAAAAUUAUCAAAGAUACUGUAGCUUACAAAGAAAAAGAGACGGUCGUCUAUAGCAAAGACUCAAAGAUAGUUGCUGAAGAGUUCAACCACUUUUUUUCUUCUGUUGGGGAGAACACAGCCAUAGCAGCAUCUCAAUUAUUACAAGAUUAUAAUAUUUACCCUGAUACUCCACCCACUACAGCGCUUAAUAGAAAUUACGCUGUGUACGAAUCUGAGAUGUUUAAUUUUGACCCUGUCUCCUGUUCUGAAGUUAAAAACAUUAUAAUGUCCAUGCCCACCAACAAGGCUCCAGGCAAAGAUAAAGUAAGCAUGUGCAUUAUUAAGGACUGCUUACCAGUCAUCCUCGGACCAUUAACAGAUAUUAUUAGUGGUUCACUGACGUCUUCUGAGUUCCCACAAUCUUGGAACGAGGCAGAAGUUAUUCCACUAAUAAAGGAGGGUGAUCAUGAACUGCCAUCCAACAAUCGUCCCCUUUCCUUACUUAUAGUUGUGUCAAAAAUUUGCGAGAAGGUCGUUUUAUGCCAAUUUACAACAUUUUUGUUCCAUAAUGAAUGUCGGAAAUCGCAUCAAAGCGGUAACAGAAGAUAUCAUUCCUCGGAAACUUUGAACGUUUUGGUUGAUGAUAUCAUAUUCAUAUUGGAAGCUAUGGACCAGAAAUCUGUAACUGCACUUAUACUAUUAGAUUUAUUGAAGGCAUUUGAUAGCGAACAUCACCCAACAUUGCUUAACAAGCUAAGACACAUUGGCGCAUCUCCUGAGGUAGUGAAGUGGUUCGAAUGCUACUUAACGGGCAGAUCACAAUUUGUCCGUAUGGAACGUCUGUUUCGUCAUCUCUUAACAUCACUCACGGGGUUCCACAGGGUGCUAUUUUAUCUCCACUCUUGUUUAGCAUCUAUGUAAACGAGUUACCACUGGCCCCACGUCACAGCUCCCUCAAUUCAUAUGUUGAUGAUUCAAAGAUGUUGUUGUCAUUUCGUGUUAAAGACGCGACUGACACAAAAGAGUACGUUCGGGAAGAUCUCAGCCGAGUAGCAAAAUGCUGCUCUGAACUUCAUCUACUUAUUAACCCGGAGAAAACCAAGUAUUUACUUAUCGGAACGCGACAACAGUUACAAAAUCUCCCUACAGAUAUGUGCCUACAUUUUCUAGGUGAAACUAUUAGGCCAGUUCCUUCAGCCAAGGAUUUAGGAUUAAUAAGGGACACCAACAUGUCAUACGAUUGCUAUAUCACCGAAUUAGUCUCCCCUUGCAUGUCCAAAUUGUCACAGAUCAACCGAGUAAGCAAAUCUUUUGAUAAAGAAACUAUAUCCCUCUUGGUAUCAGCAUUGGUAAUGAAUAAACUCCUUUAUUGCUCCUCUGCUUGGUCGAACACUUCGGCCAAAAAUAUUAGCAAGCUACAACUGGUACAAAACUUCGCGUGUAGGAUCGUGACAAACGGCAAGAAUUUCGAUCAUACUCACCAAAACUGCAGUUUUGAUGUACAAGUGUAUUAA